AGAAGAAGAAGCAUUUCUGGUAUCUCUUUGUCCAGUGAACACUGAACAGUCCUCCUCUUCAUCCUCGUGGAGGAUUCUAACCUGGAAACCCUUUCUAGGGUUUUCUGGGGCUUCUACUAUAGAGUAUAGCCUAUGCAUCCCCAACAUAAGCCCAGCAGGAUGGUUGAUUGAUUGAUUUAUACUACAUUACAUCUUUCCUUUAGAAGAUUCAGGAAAUUUUCUUUUUGUGUUCCUCUAGUCUGUACUGGAGGUUGACAUAGGGCUUCUAAAUUUUGGUGUGUGCCUGUGGUUGAAAUGGAUAUGCCGGAACCCAGUUGGAGUUAUACGAAAUGGGAUAUUGAGGAGAAUUCAGAUAUGAAGGUUGAUAGAGCUGGAGAUGAGGAAGACUGGGAGGGCAAUGAUAAAAGGAAACACCGAUCAAGCAAGUCGAAAAAGCAUAGCAAUGCAGAAGAAGCUGAUGAAUGGGAUAAUGGUGGUAGAAGGAAGAGCCUAGGUGACAGAAAUGAAAGUCGAAAGCGGUCAGAUGGGUCGAGUAGAGCAGGUAGCGGGGAUGAAGAUAAUAAUGAUACAAGAAAGGAACAACGCUCCAAGCAGAUGAAAAAAAUCCAAGAGGACAGGACUGAGAAGAAAUCAAGCAAUGGACAUCCAGAUAAAGAAUCAGAAAGCAGUAGAAAGGGUAGAGAUACUUCAGGCAGCAAAGGUCAUCCUCUGGCUGAUGAAAGUGAGAGGAGCUCAUCAAGAAAAACAAGUUCAAAGUCUUCAGUUCACGAGGACUCCCAGAGCAAAAGUAGAAGCAAGGUGGAAAGUCUCAAUGAUGGUGAGCUUGAAAAGAUGCAGGAUAGAGGUUCCAGGUUUUCAGAUAGAAAAGAAAACUACAGUGAGAAAAACCGUGGAUCUCGUGAGCAAGAGAGAAAUCCAAGGAGAAGAUGGGAUGAAUCUGACUCCAUCAGAAAAACAGAUGAGGGCAGUUACAUGGAUAAAUCUGAUUCAAAGAGUGGGAAACAUUCUGAUCUUAAGCAUGGGAGUACGAGAGACAGAACAAUAGAUGCAAGGGAUGAAUCCAGUGAGCUGAAAAGCAAGGUUCUGGAUUUCCACAUUGAUAAGGGCAUCAAAGCCAGCAGCAGGGAGGAGAAAAGGGUUGAUGGGGAGAGGAGCAAGAGCAGAGGCCGGACUGAGACUCAAAAUGAAGAGACUAGGCCAAGUUCUACUACUCGUGAAGAAAGAUCAGGCGAUAUCAGGGAUGAUAAGCAGCGGAGAGGUGGGGAGAAAUUGGUUGGUCUGGUGGAGGAUGUGGAGUCUGGUGCCCAUAGGUCUAGCUCAAGGAGUCAUUCAGAGAAAAUCGAGAAGCACAGACAUCAGCGUGAUCCUGCACAGAUCAGCCGUGAAAUAGCUGAAAGCAGGGAGAGAUCUGUUAAUAUAGAUGAGGAUGGGCAUGCACGGGCAAAAGACAGAAGUGGUAGGGAUCUGAGGCACUCUAAAAGGUCCCAUAGUCCUGAUAGGAGUGGGAGGCGCCGCCUUGAAUCAGAUGACUCUGAUUCAGAUAAUGAAAGAAGUGUUAGCCUGAAGGGGAAGGAACGGGAAAAAGAUGGUUACAGGGAUGACAAGAUUAAAGGCCGAAAUGGUAGCUGGAGUGACAGGAACAGGGAUUGGGAAAGUUCCAAAGAUAAUUGGAAAAAGAAGCAUUACAGUGGUAAUGAUAAAGAGACGAGGGAUGGAGAUGUUGAUUUCGAUCAUGACAAGGACUGGGACUUGCAGAGGCGUGAACGAGAGAGGGCUGAAAAUGAAAAGCUUGUUGGUCGGCCUGGGUUUAGGAAAGAUAGAAGUAGGGCUGAAGGUGCAAAAAUUUCAUCAAACUUUGGUACUCCCAAUGAGAAUUCUGAUGUGAUAGAGAUCCGAACCAAGUCUAUUGAUUAUGAGAGAGAAGAGUCCGGACCUACAUUUAUUGGGAGAAGAAAUGAUUCUGGACAGUAUCCUGAUUUUACUUCAGCCACAAGUGACGAGGAUUGGGGGCAUCAGCCUGAUGAUAGAGGAAGAAUUGCUGAUAUUUAUGGCCCUGGAGAUGAUAUGCAGGAGAGAUAUCCAGAUGAUGGAUUGCCUAUGUUGGAUCAGAAUUUGGGGAGGAAUAACAUUGACAUGCAAGGUGGGAAGGGAAGAGUACAGAAGGGUUCUAUGGGUUUUAAUCGCAAUGGUGGUGUCCAGAGUUCCAGUAAUGGUUCACAACCCCCAUUUGGAAAUAACCAGGGGUCUGGUUCUUUUAAUAGAGCUGUUCCACAAGGAGUAAAAUGGAAUAGACUUGGAAGAGGAGGGAGGGGAAGGCCAACAGGAAGGGAUGGGCAGCGGGUUGGAAUGCCACUACCCAUGAUGGGAAGUCCCUUUGGGCCUAUUGGAUUGCCACCAGCACCCCUGCAGCCUCUGGGACCUAGUAUGUCCCCGGGCCCAGGUGCACCCAUUGCCCCUGGUGUAUUUAUUCCUUCGUUUCCAGGACCUGUUGUUUGGCCUGGACCUCGAGGCGUUGAUAUGAACAUGUUAGCUGUCGCACCUGGCCUAUCUCCUCUUCCUUCUGGAGCAUCAGGACCUAGAUUUGCCCCCAAUAUGGGGGCUGGCCCAAACCCUGCCAUGUAUUUUAAUCAACCAGGUCCUGUAAGAGGAGCACCUCCAAGCCUGCCUGGCCCUGGUUUUAAUAUUGUGGGAACAAUGGGACGAGGAGCACCUCAUGAUAAGGCUCCUGGGACCUGGGUUCCUCCUAGAAGCAGCGGACCUCCUGGUAAAGCUCCUUCCAGAGGAGAACAAAAUGACUACUCCCAAAAUUUUGUUGAUACUGGUAUGCGACCCCAGAAUUUCAUCAGGGAGCUGGAGCUUACCAGUGUUGUUGAAGACUACCCAAAGCUGCGGGAACUUAUCCAGAAGAAGGAUGAAAUUGUAGCUAAAUCGGCUUCCCCUCCUAUGUAUUACAAAUGUGACCUGCAUGAGUUUGUGUUGUCCCCUGAGUUUUUUGGAACUAAGUUUGAUGUCAUUCUUGUUGACCCUCCUUGGGAGGAGUAUGUUCAUCGAGCUCCUGGUGUUGCUGACCAUAUGGAGUAUUGGACAUUUGAGGAGAUACUGAACCUUAAAAUUGAGGCAAUUGCAGAUACACCUUCAUUUAUCUUCCUAUGGGUUGGUGAUGGUGUUGGUCUUGAGCAGGGCCGUCAAUGUCUAAAGAAGUGGGGAUUCCGAAGGUGUGAGGAUAUAUGCUGGGUGAAGACAAACAAAACAAAUGCUAUGCCAGGCUUGCGGCAUGAUUCUCAUACUCUGUUUCAGCAUUCAAAGGAACACUGUUUGAUGGGCAUAAAAGGAACUGUUCGCCGUAGCACUGAUGGUCAUAUAAUCCAUGCCAAUAUUGACACAGAUAUAGUUAUCGCUGAAGAACCUCCAUAUGGUUCAACAACAAAACCUGAAGAUCUAUACCAGAUCAUCGAGCAUUUUUCCCUUGGACGUAGGAGGAUUGAACUCUUUGGUGAAGAUCAUAACAUUCGAUCAGGCUGGCUUACUGUUGGCAAAGAGUUAUCAUCCUCAAAUUUUAAUACCGAGGCAUAUGUUAGGAGUUUUGCUGAUAAAGAUGGAAAAGUUUGGCAAGGAGGGGGAGGACGGAACCCCCCACCUGAUUCACCUCAUCUUGUCUUGACAACUCCUGAGAUUGAGGCCCUUCGACCCAAGUCACCACCUCAGAAGAAUCAGCAGCAGCUGCAGCAGCAACAGUCAACCUCCCUCUCUACACCAGCCAAUUCUACGAUCAAAAGGCCAUCUGGAAACUCACCACAAAACCCAGCGGCCCUUGGACUGAAUCAAGAAGCUUCCAGUUCCAACCCUCAAACACCUACUCCCUGGGCUUCACCGGUGCCGAGCUUGAAAGGACCUGAUGCUGGGAACGGCGCUUUGGACGACAAGUUUUUUGAUAAUUAUGGAUACAAUGCCUCUGGGCUUUCAAGUGGAGACCAUCCAUGACAGGGAAAAAAAGUAGUAGACACCAUCUAGAGUUCGAGUCUCACCGAACCCAAUGAAAUUCAAAGCACCAAAAGGUGUUAUGUGCGGCUUGUAAUUCUUUCUUCAUAAUAUAUAAAAGGAAGGAAAUAUUUUUGAUAUCCUGUUCAUCAUCCUCAUAAUGUCAAUGUCAAAUUUACAGUAUCUUGUAUCACACAGUUCAAAUAGUGGAAUGCAAGGCAUUUAUACGGGAAA